AUAGAUUGGGGAUCGCGAGAAAUCCACAACCGCCAAGAUGAAACACAGGCUACAAUUGGAAUUAAGAAAAUCGAAGAAAAAGAGAGGGUGCUUGCCAACAUGAAGAGACGAUUCGCAAGACGUGGCGGGCAACAAGAAGAGGACGUGGAGAUGAAUGUGGAUCCCGCCCUCAGGAGCGCUCAACAGCAACCCAAGAUACCGCAAAAGCCCCUGUCUGGAACACCAUGCCUCAACACAACCAAAAGGUUCAAGAAGAUACGCGGAACAUCACACAGGACACGCCUAGUGUCACUGGUAACGGAUCAAGAUGACCCUGUGGGAAAAUGCGCAGAAGAGACACCCACAGAUACGUUGGUGGAGGGUUGUAAAGUCGACAACAAAGCUAUGGUGCAGCGCAACGAGAUAUAA